AUGUCCUCAGACAAGCCAUCAUAUCUCAUUGUUGGCGCGGGAGUGUUUGGCGUAUCAACCGCCUAUCACCUUAUCCAGAAGUACCCAGAUGCAUCGGUCACCCUGGUCGACAGGGAUGCGUUUGACGCCGAUGAGCGUGUGGCCGCUUCCUGGGACUGGAACAAGGUGGUCCGCGCCGACUACGACGAUUUUGUUUAUUGCAAACUAGCUUUGGAGGCACAAGACAUUUUCAAAAAUGACCCCCUCUGGAAGCCCUAUUUCCACCAGACGGGCGUCUACUGGAUCUGCCGUAGCGAUUACGCUGAAAAUGUCAUCAGCCACCACCACAAGCUUGGUCGCAAAGAUGACAUUAUUGCGCUUCCCAUUGCUGAGGCCAAGAAGCUGUAUGGUGGCCUCUUUGAGGAUGCCGACUACACAGGUGCCAAAGAGGUGCUGGUGAAUCGCGCAAGUGGCUGGGCUGCGGCCGGAGACGCUCUUAGGGCUGUCACCCGCAAGUCCAUUGAGUUGGGCGUCAAAUACGUGGUUGCUGAAACUGCAUCCCUGAACUUCGACAGCAAGGGAACUUGCACAGGACUUACAACAGCAGACGGCCAGUCAUUGUCGGCCUCGCACGUGAUUCUCUGCACUGGAGCGUACACCGCAAAGUUGCUAGAGUUGAGCGCAGCCAAAAGUGGCAACGCUGCCUUGUCAUCAGGAGACAGGAUUCUGGCAGCAGGCAUCACAACGGGUAUGGCGCAGCUGGAGGAGGAAGAAUACAAAAAGUACAAAGACAUGCCUGUUGGAUUCCAGGGGUACACGGCGGUCCACGGUAAGCCUUUCAUUGGCAGCAUCCCGCCCACGGCGGACAGGGAGCUCAAGUGGUGGGGAGCUAAGAUCUUCUCGAACACACGGGAAGUGUUGCCUGGGCGCAAGGUCUCAGCGCCGCCACCCGCAAAGGACUAUGCCCAAUGGAAGGUUUCUCGACAACUCAAGCAAGACAUCAUUGACCAACGGAACUUGUGGUAUGGCAAGAAGAGCGAGGGCUGGAAUAUGACCAAGCACCGCAUCUGCUGGGAUGCUUUCACAACCAGCUCGGACUUUAUCAUCUCGCCUCACUCGGGUGCCAAGGGUCUGUAUGUGGCAACUUGUGGCUCAUUCCACGGCUACAAGUUCUUCCCUGUGCUUGGCAAGUAUGUGACCCAGAUGCUUGAGGGCACUCUGGAACCGGAGCUCGAGGGACGGUGGGCGUGGGACAGGGAACGUCCGGACUCUUCGGACAACUGCGAGUAUCCCAAUUCAGAGAUGAACGACCUCUUGGACACAGUGUCAAAGUUGUAG